UCUCUAUUCGUCAGUUAAUCCGCGACCGGCGCACCGUGCCAAUCCCAAAAACACCAACACUCUCGCCUAAUACAAACAACAUUUUAUUAUUUUGUGUGUGAAUCCAAAUCUUGUUUGCAACUAAUCAAGAAAGAGAAGAAAAAAACAGGUGAAGAAAAAGAAAAAAUGGAGCCUUUGGAAGUUGAGAUGACGGAAUUCUAUCCGCGUGACAAUGCGCGUGAAUCACGCACCGAAGAGUACGAGUUGGUCAACAAUCCGGACGUGGCGACUCCGGUCUUCCGAAGAGGUUGCAACGUCGUCUUCGCCGUCCGCUUCACCAGAGAUUACGACGAGGAACAGGACGUCGUGCGAAUCAGCUUCGGAUUCGGCGAGAAACCGCACGUGCUUCAAGGUACGCGCGCCAUCCUUCCAGUCUUCCCCAACAAGAAAACAUUGAACAACAAGAAUCUGGACAGAUGGGAGAUGUGCUUGAACCAGCAGUACGGCAACACGCUGAUGCUGACGCUCAGAAUCCCGGCGAACGUUCCUGUAGGAAUCUGGCACUGCUCCGUGCAGACGAACAUCAAAGGCGAUAGAACCAGGAGACAGGAUCAUCAGGUCGUUGAAGACAUCUACAUCUUGUUCAACCCGUGGUGUAGGGAGGACGGAGUCUUCAUGGAGAGCGAGGACGAGUUGAAGGAGUACAUCAUGAACGAGACCGGAAAGAUCUGGUGCGGAACGUUCAAGAAUCCGAAAGGAAAGAAGUGGAUCUUCGGACAGUUCGACGAUGUUGUUCUACCGGCAUCCGUGUUCCUCUUGGAGAAGGCCGGUAUUCCUGUCACGGAUCGCGCUUCUCCUGUCGCUGUCUCCAGGGCGAUUUCAGCCAUCAUCAAUUCUGUUGAUGAUAGCGGUUUGCUGGAAGGCAGAUGGGACGGCCAGUACGAGGACGGAACUUCUCCGCACGCUUGGACCGGAUCCACGGCCAUCCUGGAUCUGUACCUCGCAACCGGUGGUCAACCAAUAAAGUACGGCCAAUGCUGGGUCUUCUCCGCUGCGACGGUGACUGUUUGCAGAGCUCUCGGCAUCCCCUGCAGAUCCACCACCAACUACGUUUCGGCUCACGACACGAAUUGCUCUUUAACAGUCGAUAAAUAUUUCGAUCUGUUUGGAAAUAAGAUCGAGGAAGGUCCGGACGGCGCGAACGAUUCCUGCUGGAACUUCCACGUGUGGAACGACGUGUGGAUGACGAGACCUGAUCUUCCUGCUGGUUACGGAGGGUGGCAGGUCAUCGAUGCGACCCCGCAGGAAGCAAGCGGCGGCAUCUUCAGGUGCGGCCCGGCUUCGGUGGAGGCCGUCCGCAGAGGUGAAGUCGGGUACAUGUUCGAUACACCCUUCGUCUUCGCCGAGGUGAACGCGGAUGUCUGCCACUUCCAAGAGGACGAAGAAUCCGAUUGGGGAUUCAGCCGCACAUCCGUCAACCAAUACCACGUUGGGAGAAGGAUCAUAACUAAAGCGAUAGACGUGAACGAUGAUGAUGGUGAUUCGGAUCUGUUGGACAUAACGCGCUCGUUUAAGAACCCGGAAGGAACUGAAGCGGAGAGGUUGGCCGUUUACAACGCUGUUAAAGGAGUGCCGAAGGCGCAGCAGUUCUACGAGAUGCCCAACAAGGAGGAUGAAGACGUGUUCUUCGAUCUGGUGGACAUCGAAUCGGUUCCCUUCGGGGAGAACUUCGAUCUGGUGGUGAACAUCCGGAACGAAUCUGAAGAGACGAGGAAUAUAAGCGCCAUCCUCUCCGCCUUCUCCGUGUAUUACACCGGAGCCACGGCCAAACCGAUCAAAAGGGCGCAAGGCGUCUUCGCCGUCAAAGCCGGUGAAACUGAAGUGCUCAGAGUGCACGUGAAGCGCGAAGAGUACUUGGACAAGCUCGUCGAUCACAGCUUAAUCAAGAUCUACUCGAUCGCGAACGUCAAGGAGACGCGGCAGACGUGGAGCGAGGAGGACGACUUCACACUGACGAAACCGACACUCAACAUCGAUCACGACUCUCCGUUCAUCGUCGGAAUGGAGUCGUGCGUCAGGUUCAGCUUCAGGAAUCCCUUGGAGGAUAUGCCUCUGACCGAAUGCACCGUCACCGUCGAAGGUCCGGGCCUCAGCAAGCCGAAGACCAUCUCGAAGCCGGACGUCGGUCCCAGCGAGGUCGUCGAAUUUUCCGAAUUCUUCACACCGAAGCGACUCGGUCAGCGCUCCAUCGUCGCCAAUUUCAACUCCAAGGAGAUUCAAGGCAUCAACGGUUGCGCCACAGUCGCCAUCGAAUAAAGCAUUUCCAUCCAAAGAAAAUCAAUAACAGUCUAACAAAUAUAUAUUUUUUUGUAUCCUUUUUUGUAUUAAGUUCUAUAUAAUAUAGAAUCCUUAGGUUAAAUUUAACGCGAAAUCUCAAUAAUAUACAAAUAAAAUCAAUACAUCAAAACUUCAGACGAAAAUCAAUGGAAUUAUAGUAGAAACUU